CGCUCUCUUCUCUAUAAUCAUUUCAAGAAAUCUCUCUCGUUUUGUUUCUCUCUCUAGAAACCAAACCAGCUCUCUUCUUGGAUCAAGAGAAAGGACGAGACUUUCUUGGCGAGAGAGAGAGAGUGACCGAAGAUAUGGUGGAGACGCGUCGCAGCUCGUUGGCCACGAAGCGGCUCAGUGCCUCGCCGGAUUCCUCAUCGUCUCAACCCUCCAAGCGAUCUAGGACGUCGGCGUCGGCGGGUUCAUCGUCCACCAGCGAGGUGCCGAUCGAAAAUCAGGGACCGACUUCGGAUCCUGGAUCAGACUCUGGAGAGCCGGAAUCGCUGUCCCUUCAUCCGCAGACUGUGGAUGCGCCGAAACCCGUUACUUCUGAUGUCACGCCGUUGGAGAACAAUACUGAGACGGACGCUAGCGCAGAAGCCGAGGUCUUGGUGACACCAACGACCACAGUGUUGGUGGAUGCGAAGAAACCGAAGGCGGCGAAGAAGAGGGCUGGAAAGGCUCCAUGGGGCAAGCUGCUGUCUCAGUGUUCUAAGAACCCUCAUCGUGUCAUGAAAGCUCCUGUCUUUACUGUUGGACGCCGUGGUUGUGAUUUAUCUAUAAAAGAUUCAUCUAUUCCCAACACCACUCUUUGCGAACUGAAGCUGUCUGAGCACGAAGGUACAUCAGCUGCAUCUCUUGAGAUAAUUGGAAAUGGAGGUAUUGUCCAGGUCAAUGGAAAGAAUUACCAUAGGAAAGCUAGUAUUCAACUUCGAGGUGGUGAUGAGCUGGUCUUCAGCUCCUCUAGGAAACAUGCUUAUAUAUUUCAGCCUCUUAAAGAUGAUAAUCUAGCUACUCAGAAUAGAGCUUCUUCAUUGAACAUUUUUGAAACUCAGAGUGCCCCGUUGAAGAUAAGAGCAGGAGACUCCACUGCUGUUGAUGGGGCAUCUAUAUUAGCAUCUUUAUCAAACUACCGUAAUUUUCCCCUUCUACCAGUAACUGCUAAACAUGUCAAAGUACAGCAAACUCCGGAGGUCCCUGUGGUACCUUCUGGUUGCAAUGAUUGUAUUCCAGACGUUGACAUGAAUGAUGCUGGUAGUAUGAAUGAUCAUGCUGCUCUUGCUUCGGCGGAGAAAACUGUUGCUUCAACCUCUGGUGCUGCCAUCCAAAAUCUGAACUCUGAUUGCAACGGAAUGGAUCCUUGCCAAGAAACUGAUGUCGGAAAAGUUCCUGGUUCAGGUUCUGAAAUUAGGCCAAUCUUGCCCUUGUUUGAGGAUCCGUCUUCUGAAUUUGAUAUAAGAGGCAGUAUUUCCAAAAUACUGGAUGACCAAAGGGAAGUCAGGGAACUCCUUAAAGAAUUUGACCUUUCAACUGCUUUACUAUCAACUCGACGUCAAACAUAUAAGGACAGUCUGCGAGCAGGAGUACUCAGUCCUCAGAACAUGGAUGUUUCUUUUGAGAACUUCCCAUAUUUCCUAAGUACUAAAACGAAGGAUGUUUUGAUAGCUUCAACCUAUGUUCAUAUGAAGUGUGGAAGCAAGUUUGCAAAGUAUGCAUCAGACUUGUCUACAUUGUGUCCCCGUAUAUUGCUCUCUGGACCAGCUGGGUCUGAGAUAUAUCAGGAAAUGUUGGCAAAAGCUCUUGCAAAACAUUCUGGGGCCAAAUUGAUGAUUGUCAGUUCUCUUUUGUUGCCUGGGAGGUCACUAACCAAGGAAGCUGAUUCUUCCAAUUCCAAAGAAAGUUUUAGGCGUGAAAGGCUAUCUAUGCUUGCCAAACGAGCUGUACAGGCUGCGCAAGCUGCUGCCUUGCAGCAUAAGAGACCAACUUCAAGUGUUGAGGCUGAUAUAACAGGUGGUUCAACAUUGAGUUCUCAGGCUUUGCCAAAGCAAGAAGUGUCAACUGCAACUUCUAAAAGUUAUACAUUCAAAACAGGUGAUCGAGUGAAGUUUGUAGGUCCUUCUCCUUCUGUUGCACUUUCUUCUCCUCAAGCCCCCCUGAGGGGACCCACAAUUGGUUUCCAGGGGAAAGUAGUCCUUGCAUUUGAAGGCAAUGGCUCUUCAAAGAUUGGGGUUAGAUUUGAUAGGUCGAUUCCUGAUGGCAAUGAUCUUGGUGGCCUGUGUGAGGAAGACCAUGGUUUCUUUUGUACUGCUAGUUCACUUCGUUUGGAUAGUUCUACCAGUGAUGAUGCUGAGAAACUCGCUAUAAAUGAAGUCUUUGAGGUUGCAUUUGGUGAGAGUGAAAGAGGGUCAUUAAUAUUGUUCCUGAAAGACGUUGAGAAAUCUCUGGCAGGGAACACUGAUGUGUAUACAACCUUGAAGAGUAAACUUGAGAAUCUACCUGAGAAUGUUGUUGUCAUCGCCUCACAAACCCAGCUGGACAGUCGGAAGGAGAAGUCCCAUCCGGGGGGUUUCUUGUUCACUAAGUUUGGCAGCAGUCAGACAGCAUUACUGGACCUCGCUUUUCCGGAUAACUUUGGUAGACUGCACGAUAGGAGCAAAGAAACACCUAAAUCGAUGAAACAGAUAACCAGGCUUUUCCCGAACAAAGUGGCCAUCCAGUUACCUCAGGAUGAAACUUUGCUGUUGGAGUGGAAGGAGAAACUAGAACGUGAUACAGAGAUCUUGAAGGCUCGGGCUAAUAUCACCAGCAUUCGUGCAGUUCUCAGCAGAAAUCGUCUAGAUUGCCCCGAUCUUGAGAUCUUGUGCAUCAAAGAUCAAACCCUUCCACAUGAAAGUGUUGAGAAAAUAGUUGGCUGGGCUUUGAGUCACCAUUUUAUGCACUGUUCUGAACCAACAUUCAAAGACAACAAACUUGUCAUUUCUGCGGAAAGCUUUACAUUUGGCCUUGAUGUUUUGCAUGGGAUUCAAAACGAGAGCAAGAGCUUAAAGAAAUCCCUGAAAGAUGUUGUUACUGAGAAUGAAUUUGAGAAAAAACUCAUAUCCGAUGUCAUUCCACCAAGUGAUAUCGGUGUUUCGUUUGAUGAUAUCGGGGCUUUGGAAAAUGUGAAAGACACCUUGAAGGAGCUGGUGAUGCUUCCUCUUCAGAGACCCGAAUUAUUUGGCAAAGGCCAGUUGACGAAGCCUACAAAGGGUAUACUCUUGUUUGGCCCCCCUGGGACUGGGAAGACAAUGCUGGCAAAGGCAGUAGCAACCGAAGCUGGUGCAAACUUCAUCAACAUAUCAAUGUCCAGCAUUACUUCAAAGUGGUUUGGUGAGGGAGAGAAGUAUGUGAAAGCUGUUUUCUCCUUAGCGAGUAAGAUUGCUCCGAGCGUCAUUUUUGUUGAUGAGGUGGACAGCAUGUUGGGAAGGAGGGAAAAUCCAGGGGAACAUGAGGCGAUGCGGAAGAUGAAGAAUGAGUUCAUGAUAAAUUGGGAUGGGUUGCGGACAAAGGACAGGGAACGGGUUUUGGUACUGGCUGCUACCAACCGGCCAUUUGACCUUGAUGAAGCUGUUAUUAGACGCCUUCCCCGGAGGUUGAUGGUUAAUUUGCCAGAUGCAGUGAACAGAGAGAAGAUCUUGAGAGUGAUUAUGUCUAAAGAAGAAAUGUCUCCCUACAUGGAUUUGGAAGCUUUAGCCAAUAUGACUAACGGCUAUUCUGGAAGUGAUCUCAAGAAUCUGUGUGUGACGGCAGCACAUCUUCCUAUAAGAGAGAUACUGGAGAAAGAAAAGAAGGAGAAAAAUGCGGCUUUGGCAGAGAACCUCCCGUUGCCACCUUUGUAUAGCAGUUCAGACAUCCGUCCCCUGACCAUGAAUGAUUUCAGGGUCGCCCAUGAACAGGUAUGUGCGAGUGUGUCGUCGGACUCGUCUAACAUGAACGAGCUUCAGCAGUGGAAUGAGCUGUACGGAGAAGGCGGUUCCAGGAAGAAGACAUCCCUAAGUUACUUCAUGUAAUGGGGAAGAGAGAGGCUGGAUCAUAUGCAGUUUCUGUCGUCUCAAUCAAAUCCAAUGUUGUACAGAAACAAAAGUUGCUUCCCCUCGCUUUUUUGUUUUCUGUAAGCUCAGAGCCGCCAUUCUUUCUCUUUCGCCCAGACUCCUCAGGCUGCUGUUACCAUAUGUGAUGUAUAUAAGAGGUUCUUCCUCCUCCUCCUCAGGUUUAUGGUAAAAAUCUCCAAACUCUUUUUUUUGGUUCA